UGCCGAUUCACUCGCCUCGGUGUCUCUUUUGGGUGCACGAUCCUUUGCACCGAUCCGAUUUUUAAACCAUCCGCUUUUUAAUCCCCUGGUUUUGUCGUAGUGAGGCAGGAGAGGAAAGAAGAAUUGCAGAGGAAGAUGGUAGGGGCGGGCAUGAAGAGAUCCAAGGUACAAGAAGAAGAAGGAGAGAAGUGUUCGCUCUGGGCCAGAAACGACGGAGAAGAUAGAGAAAGAGAUGAAGCAAAAGCUAACGAUGGGGUUUUGAAGGAGGACGCGAAAUCUGAGAAGAAAGAAGAGUCUGUUUCAGAGCAUAAGAAGAAAGAGGAGAGAGAGGAGGUGGUUGAAGGUGUGGCUUUUGUUAGGGUUAGGGAGCAGUGGAACUCUUCCAUGUUUAAUUGCCUUGGUGGUGUUGACAACGAAUUCUUAAGCAGCGAUCUUGAAGUUUGUCUUCUUGGAGCAUUUGCUCCUUGUAUGCUCUACGCAAGCAAUGUUGAGAGGAUGAGGUCUGGUGGAUACCUGGGUAGCUGUACGAGUUAUGCAUUGAUUUGUCUUCUGGGCUAUUCAAUUUGCGGUUCCAAUUGUCUGGCACCAUGUAUAACCCAUCCUAGCCGUACAAAUAUUCGUAGGCAAUUCAACUUGGAGGGGAGCUGCAGUGCUUUGAUCAGAUCUGGAUGCUGCACUUGCAUUGAGGAUGAGGAGCACCUUGAUAGAUGGGAUGCCCGAUGUGACCGUGCAAGUCAUUUCUUUUGCCACAACUUUGCUCUCUGUCAGGAAGGUCGUGAGCUUCGACGAAGGCUGCCUCAUCCUGGUUUCUAUUGCCAAUCGAUGUUGGUAAUGAGCCCUCCUUCAAACCAGGCUAUGGCUCAUGGACCUUAGACUUGAGGAUCGAUCCCAUCAUCGUAACCAUGUCUGAAGGAGGUGCUUUGUUCUCAUUAUUUGUUUCUUGGUCUCGGCUAUAUGGUAAUUUGAUCUAGAUGGGGAGGCUGAACUCAGGUGAUGUUACCUAUUUUACAAACUAAACUUGUUGGUCCUCGUGCACAUAGUAUUGCUGCGAUAUUGUUUGGUAUGAAAGUGUCCUUUUGAAAUUGGUGCUUGUUUCUAAACCCAGAAAAAAGGAGGGGAAUAAGGAAGGUUUCACUCUGGCUCUUAUGUAAGUGCUAAGGAGCCAAACUGAAAAUAUGAGCUUCUCUUUUUUGCAAAAUUGUUUCAUGCGAGCUGGACCGCAUUUCUACA